ACUAAGGAGAAACCCCUCAGAAUCGUCCCGUGGGCUCCGCACAGUCGCGGUAUUAAAGCGCUCGCGCUCAGUCUCGCGUCGUGACUGUUUUCGUUUACCUUUAAAUGGAAAACGCUUGAGCGAGACGGUGAUUGGACCGUUCGGCUGUCAAUCACGCACGAUGGGGCGGAGCCUUCGGUCCGUCGUCACAGACGGGGAAAUCAGCAGCAGCGCGACUCUCGUCGAGGGGACCGACAAACCGAGGCGUGGAGCAGAAAUGGACUUUAGCGCGGAAUAAUGUUGAUCUGGUGAGCCUCUGGCGGGAGUUCGCCGUGCCGAUCGUGUGUGUGUUUAAUGAGGAGGAUCGCUCCGGUGUGACAGGAAGCGGGGGAGGAAGAGCCGCAGCGACGCGCUAUUUUUAUCACUUUGUAUUAUUUGGACUCGACAUGAGCUAAAGGACCUUCACAGACUGUGUGCCUGACACCGACACGAAUAACACGUUAAAGGAGACAGCCGAGGCCGUGAAGGAUCCGGGCAACCCUAUGCCAUGGAUUUAAAAACUGCUGUUUUCAACGCCGCCCGAGACGGCAAACUGAGACUCCUCCAGAAACUCUUAGAGAAUAAGAACGAUCACGACGUCAUGAAGCUGAUAGCGGAGAAGACCAACGGAGCGACGCCGUUACUCAUGGCCGCGCGGUACGGUCACCUGGAGCUGCUGGAGUACCUGAUCGAGUGCUGCUGCGCGCCUGUGGAGGUCGGGGGCUCUGUGAACUUCGACGGCGAGAUCAUCGAGGGAGCGCCGCCGCUGUGGGCCGCCUCGGCCGCCGGACACCUGAAGGUCGUGCAGUCUCUGCUGGGACACGGCGCCUCUGUGAACAACACGACUCUCACGAACUCCACCCCGCUGAGAGCCGCCUGCUUCGACGGACACUUGGAUAUCGUCAGAUACCUGGUGGAGCACAAAGCGGAUCUGGAAGUGGCCAACAGGCACGGACACACCUGCCUCAUGAUAUCAUGUUAUAAAGGACACAAGGAGAUCGCACAGUACCUGCUGGAGAAAGGAGCUGAUGUCAACCGGAAAAGUGUGAAAGGUAACACGGCUUUACACGACUGCGCUGAGUCCGGGAGCUUGGAGAUCAUGAAGAUGCUCCUGAAGUACGGCUCCACUAUGGAGAAGGACGGUUACGGGAUGACGCCGCUGCUCUCGGCCAGCGUGACGGGACACACCAACAUCGUGGAUUUCCUCACGCAGCACCCUCAGACGAGCAGAACGGAGCGCAUCAAUGCUCUGGAGCUGCUGGGGGCCACGUUCGUGGAUAAAAAGAGAGACCUGCUGGGAGCGCUGAAGUACUGGAAGAGAGCCAUGGAUCUGCGGCACAGCGACCCCAACCACGUGCUCCUGAAGGACGAGCCCAAGCUGCUGGCGCCGGCCUACGAUUACAGCAAGGAGGUGAACACGUUCGAGGAGCUGGACAGCCUGAUCGCUGACCCUGACGACAUGCGCAUGCAAGCGCUGCUGAUUCGAGAGCGCAUCCUCGGCCCCUCGCACCCGGACACAUCCUACUACAUCCGCUACCGGGGAGCCGUCUACGCUGACUCGGGCAACUUCGAGCGCUGCAUCAAGCUGUGGAAGUACGCUCUGGACAUGCAGCAGAACAACCUGGACGCGCUCAGCCCCAUGACGGCCAGCAGCCUGCUGUCCUUCGCCGAGCUCUUCUCCUUCAUGCUGCAGGACCGAGCCAAGGGUCUGCUGGGGACCUCAGUGUCCUUCCAGGAGCUGAUGGAGAUCCUCAGCAAGAGCGUGCUGGAGAUCGAGCGCGCCAUCAAGAAGCCGCAGCCCGGCCCGGACCCAGCGCAGCUCAGCAAGGUGCUGUCCAUCAUCCUGCACCUCAUCUGCCUGCUGGAGAAAGUGCCGUGCACCGUGGAGCAGGACCACUUCAAGAAGGAGACCAUCUACAAGUUCCUGAAGCUGCAGGCCUGCGGGAAGAACGGCUUCAGUCCGCUGCACCUGGCCGUGGACAGGAACACCACCUGCGUGGGCCGCUACCCCGUCUGCAAGUUCCCCUCCUUCCAGGUCACGUCCAUCCUGCUGGAGUGCGGCGCUGAUGUGAACUGCCGCGACGAGGACGACAACAGCCCUCUGCAUGUGGCUGCGUCCAACAACCACCCCGACAUCAUGAACCUGCUGAUCUCCUGCGGCACACACUUCGACAGCACCAACUCCCUCAAACAGACGGCCUGUGACCUGCUGGACCAGAAGGAGCUGGCCAAGAACCUGAUCCAGCCCAUCAACCACACCACGCUGCAGUGUCUGGCGGCGCGCGCCAUCAUCAAACACGGCCUGGUGUACCGCGGGAACAUCCCCGAGCGGCUGGAGGCCUUCGUGCUGCUGCACAGAUAGUGACGGACGACGGCAUCGGCAUGCAGCGCUUCCAGCAGAGUCCUGUUGCGUUCGUUCUCCGUUUCGUGCUGCAGGUUUGCAUCUCCUUUGCUUUCUCUAUGCCGAGACGGUAGGAGCCGCGGGAUGCUGCGGUUUGGUUUGGUUCUCUGGAGAGGACAGGAAUGCUGUGGUCACU